GCCAAUGGCAAGCCGGCGAGGGGUGACGCCGCGGACAUGGCGGCUGCGGUCGGGCCGGCCGGGGACGUGUCGGUCCGCUCGCUAACCUCUCUCCGUGCUCGGUGAGCGGAGCAGCUGCUCGUUGGUAGCGGUCCCCGCGAGGCGGAGCAGCGGGACGUCGGGGAGAAGCGAGCGUGGCAGCCAUGGCUUAUCACUCGGGCUACGGAGCCCACGGCUCCAAACACAGAGCCCGAGUGGCUCCAGACCCGCCUCCCCUCUUUGAUGACACCAGCAGUGGUUACUCCAGCCAGCCCGGGGGUUACCCCGCCCCAGGAGCCGAGGUGGCCUUCAACGUCAACCAUUUGCUUGGGGAUCCAAUGGCCAACAUGGCUAUGACCUAUGGCAGCUCCAUUGCAUCGCAAGGGAAGGACAUGGUGCACAAGGAGCUCAACCGUUUCGUGUCGGUGAGCAAACUCAAGUAUUUUUUUGCGGUGGACACAGCCUACGUGGCCAAGAAGCUGGGGCUGCUGGUCUUCCCCUACACGCACCAGGACUGGGAAGUGCGCUACAGCCGGGAUGUGCCUCUGCCCCCGCGCCAGGACCUCAACGCCCCGGACCUCUAUAUCCCCACAAUGGCCUUCAUCACCUACGUCCUGCUGGCCGGCAUGGCCCUGGGCCUUCAGAAAAGGUUCUCCCCAGAGGUGCUGGGCCUGUGUGCGAGCACGGCGCUGGUGUGGAUCGUGAUGGAGGUGCUGGCUCUGCUCCUGGGCGUCUACCUGGCCACCGUGCGCAGCGACCUGAGCACCUUCCACCUGCUGGCCUACUGCGGCUACAAAUACGUGGGGAUGAUCCUCAGCGUGCUCACGGGGCUGCUCUUCGGCAGUGACGGCUACUACGUGGCCCUGGCCUGGACCUCAUCCGCCCUCAUGUACUUCAUCGUACGCUCCCUGCGGACGGCAGCCCUGGGCCCUGACAGCAUGGGGGGCCCCGCGCCCCGGCAACGCCUGCAUCUCUACCUGACGCUGGGCGCGGCGGCGUUCCAGCCCCUCAUCAUCUACUGGCUCACCUUCCACCUGGUCCGGUGACCCCCGCCCCGCACAUUGAAGACGUAGUUUCCA